UGAGUGAGAUUCCGUUUGAUCUUCCAGUGUUGUAAUUAUCUCAAGGGUUUUGUUUUUUUUUUGUCGGGUUUUUCUUUUUUCCUUUUUUUUUCUUUCUUUCAUUUUUCGUGGUGCAUUAAUGCCGGUGUGUGUGUAUGUGUGUAUGUGUGUGUGUGUGUGUGUGAGGAGAACCCUCGAUCCCCGCGCGCUCGCGCUCUUUUGCUGCCCAUAAAACGCAGCGCGUGCUGAGUGACAGCAGCGCAAAUGGGGCGGAAAAUUAAAGCAUCUUUCGCUAAGGGGUAAAAAAAAAAAAAAAAAAAAACAACCGAGAAGCGAAAGAGAAACGAGAGGAGCACGUGCUCAGAAAAUGAGCUAAAAUAUUGCAGAUAUAUCUUAAACGAUCGAGAUAUAUAUAUAUAUAUAUCUAUAUAUUUGUUUUAAUUUCCCCUCUUAGCCUAUACUGGGUUUAAAAAAUUGUAUUCAUUUAUCAUUUGAAAAAAAAUAUAAUAUUACGCGUGCCAAACUGCUUGGACGCUCAGGAGAAAUAAAAAAAUUAAGCCCAAAACGAAAAAAUCUUAAAUAAUAAACCAUGAUAAUGGAUAAAUAAUUUUUAAAGGCUAUUACAUAACGAUUAGCGUUUGUUUUUUGCACCCUGGGUUUAUUAUUAUUAUUAUUAUUAUUAUUAUUAUUAUUAUUAUUAUUAUUAUUAUUAUAUGAUCUUUGUUGGAUAUUAUGGAAUUGUUGUAGUGUUAUUUGGCUCUCACGUGCAUUAGGAUUCUCUGAGCGCGCGUGCACGGGACUGUCAUUAACGCGGUGUUUCCGGUGCUUUUUCAGGAUUUCUCCGAGCAGAGAGACAUGCAGAGGCAGCUGCACGAGGGCGCGGUUGGAGUUGCCCCUCGUGCCCCAGGGGACGCGGUUCAAUUGCCCCCUGAUAUCACCGAGCGCAAAACGUUCUGCCCCGCGGAAAAGAAAUCCGGAGAAAUAGAUUCCAAUAAAGUGUACGGGACGUUUCCGACCGGUGCGCCCGUUCCUCCCCCGGUUCCUGCCCCUCAUAAGGAUGCCUCCGGGCCGUUUUUACCCCAAACGGAUAAAGCCAUGUCGCAGAAUAACUGCCCCUCCUCCGCGAAACAGGGGGCAAUGGUGGUUCUGGGCACAGAUGGCACUGCGUCUGUUCAGCUCAACCGGGUAAGUGGAUAUGAUGAUGAUGAUGAAGAAGGUGAUGAGAAUAAAGCGAGAGGGAACUGGUCCAAUAAACUGGAUUUUAUUCUCUCUAUGGUUGGUUAUGCUGUGGGUUUGGGAAACGUGUGGAGGUUUCCAUAUCUCGCCUUCCAAAAUGGAGGAGGUGCAUUUUUGAUCCCAUACUUGAUCAUGUUGAGUCUUGCUGGAAUUCCCAUCUUCCUUCUGGAAGUUUCUUUGGGCCAGUUUGCCAGUCAAGGACCCGUUUCUGUAUGGAAGGCUAUUCCAGCUUUACAAGGUUGCGGGAUUGCCAUGUUGAUUAUAUCAGUCUUGAUAGCCAUAUAUUAUAAUAUAAUAAUGUGCUGGACUCUGUACUACCUGUUCGCUUCGUUCACUUCGUUGAAGGGCUUAUUGCCAUGGUCUUACUGUACAAACGAAUGGAACACAGCUGAGUGCAAAGACAAAGACAUGCUGCAGCUAGAUUCCUGUAUCCUUCGAGACAGAAACAUCACCUCCAUUAAGAACACGACAUUUUGUUUGUCUGCGAAUGCUGCUGGGAGUUUAAGCAAGCUGUUAAAUAUCACAACGGAUAACAGAACCUAUGUCAGCCCCAGUGAAGAAUAUUUCAAAUAUAAUGUGUUGCACAUUUCCAAAGGGAUUGAGUAUCCAGGAGAUAUCCGCUGGCCCUUGGCCGCUUGUCUUUUUCUGGCAUGGCUCAUUGUGUAUGCUUCCCUGGCUAAAGGAAUCAAGUCAUCAGGCAAGGUGGUGUAUUUCACAGCCACCUUUCCUUACGUGGUUUUGGUGAUUUUGUUGAUCCGUGGUGUGACACUGCCUGGAGCAGGAUCCGGGAUUCUUUACUUCAUUACGCCGAAAUGGGAAAAACUCAAUGAUGCCAAAGUAUGGAAGGAUGCUGCGACUCAGAUCUUCUUCUCCCUAUCUGCAGCAUGGGGAGGGUUAAUCACUCUCUCCUCAUACAAUAAAUUUCAUAACAACUGUUAUCGGGACACUAUAAUAGUGACGUGUACAAACAGCGCUACCAGUAUUUUUGCUGGUUUUGUGAUUUUCUCUGUCAUUGGCUUCAUGGCUCAUGAGCUUAAGGUGCCGAUCGAGAAAGUGGCAGAUGAAGGUCCUGGCAUUGCUUUUGUGGUUUAUCCAGAAGCCCUCACUAGGCUACCAAUCUCUCCAUUUUGGGCCAUCAUCUUCUUCCUCAUGCUCCUCACGCUUGGACUGGAUACCAUGUUCGCGACCAUCGAGACUAUCGUGACAUCAGUAGCUGAUGAAUUUCCCAAAUAUCUGCGAAAGCACAAGCCUCUCUUCACCCUCGUGUGCUGUGUGUGCUUCUAUAUUCUGGGCUUCCCGAUGAUAACUGAGAGUGGCAUGUACAUGCUACAGCUAGUUGACACCUAUGCAGCCUCGUAUUCUCUUGUCAUCAUAGCCAUCUUUGAGCUAAUUGGAAUUUCUUACAUCUAUGGCUUGCAACGGUUCUGCGAGGACAUAGAAAUGAUGAUUGGUUUCCAGCCGAACAGGUUCUGGAGGAUGUGUUGGGCUUUUGUAACACCGACUAUUCUCACAUUUAUUUUGGUGCUGAGUUUGUACCAGUGGAAGGUGAUGACCUACGAGGACUACACCUACCCCACCUGGUCCAUGGUGCUCGGCUGGCUCAUGGUCAUCUGCUCUGUUAUCUGGAUCCCCAUCAUGUUCGUCAUUAAGAUGUACCUUGCUCCAGGAACCAUCAUCGAGCGAUUGAAGCUUGUAUGUUCUCCUCAGCCUGAUUGGGGUCCUUUCUUGAUGAAGCAUCGUGGUGAGCGCUAUAAAAACAUGAUUGACCCACUUGGAACAAAUUCAUUGGGGCUCAAACUUCCUCCUAAGGACUUCCAGCUAUCUGGCCCUUGACCUCAUGACUGUCGCCCACUGACUUUUUGACUUCAUUUGUCUACCCUCAAUUUCUA